AUGGGGAGUUUAUUAACGCAAGCCACACACAGAAGUGCAGCAGCAGCAGCAGCAGCUGUAGCAGCAGCAGCAACAGCAACAGCAGCAGCAGCAGCACCAGCAACAGCAGCAACAGCAACUGCAGCAAGAGCAACAGUAACAGCAGCAGCAACAGCAGCAGCAGCAGCAGCAACAGCAGUAGACGAAACAGCGCCUUCUACACCACCACAACAAACGCAUACAGUGCCUCAAGCGUCUCCAGCAGCAGCAGCAGCAGCAGCAGCAGAAGCAGCAGCAGCAGAAGCAGCAGCAGCAGCAGCAGCAGAAGUAAAUGCAUGCAUUAUAGGAUACAAGAAAUGGGGAGUUUAUCAAUGCAACCCACACGCAUACCUGCAGCAGCAGCAGCAGCAGCAGCAACAGCAACAGCAGCAACAGCAAAAGCAGCAACCGCAACAGCAACAGCAGCAACUGCAGCAAGAGCAACAGUAA